AUGUCAGAAACACAGCACCAUGUCCAUGUUCACAUUGAGCAGGAAAACAUACAAACAGCCAGUGAUACGGACCUAUUUGACGACGACGACGAUAUGGAAGACGCCGAGAGUCAGACCAGAUCCCAGUUUGACACACCAAAAUACGUAGUAUCGCAAGAGGCCUCCGCGAUGGACUUGGACGAUGCCACAAGCCAGCCCCCAACAAGGACCGCUCUGCCCGACAAGAGGGAAAAGCGAGUCGCCGAUUCGGUGCUGCCCGACAAGCGUCGCAUCAAAGAAGUCGACUACUCAGAGACACUACGCGAAACUGUGUACAGUCAGAAGGAACUGAUUCACAAUAUGCAAACGCAAGUGGAAAAACAAAAAAUUGAACAUGAGCAAAACAUGAACGAGAUGAAACGGCAAUGGGAAACAACUCUGAGAGAACGGCAAGAGCAACUAGCAAAGGCCCAGGAAGAAAUCGAAAGGACCCGUGUCCAGCAGCAGCAGAAACUUGAAGAACAUAUUAGAGAGACUCAGCACGUACUCGGCCAGGCUAAUCGCGAAGAAAUAGAGGCUGCCAUGGAAAAAAUCCACAAGGACGCUCACGACCACUUGACACAAGAACGAAUACGACGAGAAGCAGAGCUGGGUGAAAAGCUGGUCCAACGCGAGGAAGAGUUGAAGAGAAGGACAAAUGAAGAGUUGGCACAAGAACGGGCGCAGCGAGAAGCAGAGCUGUGUGAAAAACUAGCCCAGCGUGAGGAAGAGUUGAAGAGAAAGACAAACGAAGAGCUUCGAGAGCGCGAGAGUGCGAUACUCGCCGAGAUGGACCGAAGGUUUCAGCAAGAAGUGCUGAAGUUAAAGGCAGAAAAAGAGAGCGAGCUGGCCAAGAUGGAACAAAGAUUUUCCAGGCGUCACAGGUCUCAGAACGAGGAUGCGGAUAUGAACAUCCCCACUGUACCGGGAGAUGCAGGACAACCAUCUCCAUGCGCAAAACCACGGCCAGGUACCUCGUGCUUGGAUGCAAUUAAGAGAAUAAAGAGAACUCGGGGAAUAUCGCACAGAGUUCGCCUUGUAUCGGUAGCAUCGGAGGUUGACGGAGAGGAAGUACCUCAACAACACUCAUCCGAAGACGUACCACCGCCUCCACAACACGAUGCACAGCCUGCUACGACGAUGGAAGAUGCUAUUGCGAGAGGUGUAGAAGCCGCACUGAGACGCAUUCUAAUCGACAAAGAAUUUCCACUCACCAAAAAGCACAGUCCCCGGAGGAAAAAGGUAGAGGAAAAAGAACUCCGGCAAGAGAAGGCGGCCAAGAAAAGCUAUGAAAGAGACUUUCUUUUGGGAGAAGUGCGACGUCUCUUCAAGGAUGUUUUCAGCAUUUCUCAAGACAGCAAUUUCAUGCUCCAUGAUCCAGCUAGUCAUGAGGACGUCUAUGCAUAUGAAUAUGAAGACGGCCCAGGUCCCAACUGCAAACAUCUCGCCUUUGAUCUUAAAGGUGGGCCCAAAAGCCCCUGGAACGAUAAAGUCAUUGGCUUGCUCCUCGAAGAAUUGCAAAGGAGGGGUGACCAAGAGAGCUGGCCAUUCAGAAGAUCAGAGGCGUAUUUUAAGGAGGUUCUUCAAGACCACUACAAGCGCCUGCGUACAAUUUGGAUGGCUGCACAACCAAAAGUUACAGCAAAGGGCGGAUUGGAGACUCCUGAAGAGGUGGAACAGAGGCUGAUCAUGAAGAAGGAUGAGGCUUUGAAAGUGACUCGUCAGACAACACGUCGAAAAAAUAAAUAUCUUCGCAGAGUUACGGUUCUUGACCACCUUGUUAAGUACAAGACCGACGGGAAUGAGGAAGACCUCCCGGCCUGGCAGUGGCUUCAGUGA